UCCAAUCAAUUAGCCGUACGUCUUGUAAUGUAGUCCGAGCUCAACAUUGCCAUGAGGAUAGCAAAAGUCUAGUUUCAAGAUCUGUGUGCACAAUAUUAAAAAAAUAGAUUCAGGUCAAACAAACAAUGAGUUUAUUACCUCGAACUGCCGAGGAGUUCAGCUCGGCUGAGUAUUGGGAGAGAUUUUUUAAGAAACGCGGAGAGAAGUCAUUCGAGUGGUACGGAGACUACAACAAACUAUGCGGCGUGCUGCACAAGUACAUCAAAAUGCAAGACAAGGUGCUGGUGGUGGGCUGCGGAAACUCUGAGUUGAGCGAGCAGCUUCACGACGUGGGCUACAAGCACCUGACCAACAUUGACAUCAGUGAGACUGUGGUGUCGCACAUGAACCAGCGUAAUGCCGAGCGGCGGCCUGACCUCAAGUUCCAGCAAGUGGACGCAACCCAGAUGCCGUACCAGGAUGCUUGCUACCAGGCCGCUCUGGACAAAGGCACCCUGGAUGCAAUGGCGUCAGAGGAAGGAGGAGAUCUGGCGAGGAAUAUGCUCACCGAGGUGGGCCGUGUGCUCAGCGUAGGCGGGAGGUACGUGUGUAUCACACUGGCUCAGGAGAGUGUGAUCCGCCUGGCCGUGGAGCACUUUGUCCAGCUGGGCUGGGCGGUGAGGCUUCACUGCCUGCAGGAAGAAACCAGCGCAGAGGAGGACGAAGACUCCUUUGCUCUCCCCAUUUUCGUCCUGGUGUGCACAAAAUUCCGCCAGCCCAUGCCAACGCCCAUUCUGGAGUUUUGCCUUGGCGAAGACGGCGCCCCGAACCGUCUGGCGCUGGCGGCCGACUUGCUGGCGGCCGUGCGUGAACGGCAGGCCUAUUCUGUCCUGAGGAAGAGGUUGCGCACCCGCACGGAUGCCGACGCUGACUCGUCGCUAACACUUUGCCACGCAAAGACCGGCCUGCCCAGAUACACUCUCAUGGUACAGGACUCACCGCCAACCGCCAAAGUGCCAAGGUUCAACCAGUUUGCCAUAUUCAUUGUGCCCCAAGGCAGUGAGACAGCAUGGCUCUACAGUUCCAGCGAGGGCCGGCGGCAACUAGCAGCCAGCGCCAACUUCCGCCGCCUGGUUAUCGCGGCCAUGCACAGGAAUCAAGAGUAUGCCGACAUGCAGGCCGUCCAGUCGGAACUCUCGCCCAUGGUGAUGGACCUGGCCCCACCGGGAAUGCCAGACAAUCAGCAGGUUCCGUUUCUGUCAGUGGGUGGCGACCUGGGUUGGCGAGAGGAGGUCAGCAGGGGUGUGAGCGAGCACAGCGGUGAAUACUGUGUGGAGAACGUCAGAGGGGAGGACGGCGAGCUGUACCGCAGAUUGGUGUUCCUGUCCAACGCGGCUCUGGUGCAGUCCGAGAGUCGUCUCGUCUCCGCCAAUAGCACAUCAAGUCAUAAGAAGAAGAACAAAAAGAAAAUCAAACAGCCGCCAUCGUCCUCCCUGUCGGUGCACAGCGGCUUCCUCUGCUGUGCCCACCACGAAGUCAUGGUGGCUGGUCUCGCCAUGCUGGGCAUCGGCAAGGAAAAAAACAAAGAUGCCCUGGUGUCAGUGCUGGUGAUUGGACUCGGGGGAGGAGGCCUGCCCCAGUUUCUGCGAGACUUUGUACCCGGUGUGUCCGUGGAGGUGGUGGAGCUGGACCCCGUGGUGCUGGACGUGGCCAAAGAGUGGUUCCACUUUCGACCGGACGAUCGCCUGACCGUCACGCUUGGGGACGGCCUUGAACGUAUCUGCACCCUGGAGAAAGACGGCGGUCGUUUGUUUGACGCCAUCAUGUUCGAUGUGGACAAUAAGGACAGCACAAUGGGUAUGAGCUGUCCACCUGCUGCAUUUGUCGAAAGCUCCAUCCUGCACAAAGUCAGCAGCCUCCUCACCCCUCGCGGCAUUUUCAUUCUCAACCUGGUAUGCCGCGACUCCGCCUUGAGGAAAGACGUGCUGGAGCGUGUGAGUGGCGUGUUCCCUGCCAUCCUCUCGCGAAAGAUCGACGGGGAAGUGAAUGAGGUCCUCCUCUGUCGCCCCCAAGGCGAAGGCAUCGGCGUCCUACCGUCGCUGAAGCAAGCGGGUCACGAUCUGCAAAGAGCCCUGCACUCUGGCGUGAGCCAUAGCCCGAAAAUAGACAUUGCUGAGUUGUUGAAAGACAUGAAAGUGGUGUGAGGGGUGACUGGGACUCAAAGUAGAGUCGGUGAAUCCACAGUGACAAAACGCUAAUGUCAAAUAAUAAGAAACAUUACGUUUUCAUAAAUAUUGUGCGGCGAGGACUAAAAUGGCCUCGGACGUCACUUUUUUCACAUUUCAUUAUGCUAGUGCCUUAUUCCAAAAAGGAAUACUUUCAUUUUUUUUUUCCUCUUAAAAUUCUAGAUGCAAUACCACAUAAGGAGAACACGGCAACGUUUAACACUUGAAAUUUUAUUUAUAUGUAUAGAUUAAAAAUAAAUAAAUAAUUCACGCCCAUAACUAUUCACUGCCAAUGCACAGUCCUAUAUUUCGCAGCAAUAGCUGCCUCCUGACAAGUUUUCAAAGUUGUUAAAAAUAAAGACAAAAAGAAGAAACCACAUUUCAUGAAUCUGGAAAGUAUUCGCAGCAAUUUAAUUUUUUUAGUUUUGUAGUUUUUAUUCCAAACUAUACAUUGUAAAGGCAACACUCAUAUUGAUUUUUAAAAAUAUAUUUGUGACCAAAAAAAAGGUGUUGAGUGCUUCAUGAGAGUAGUCAGUCCUUCAACAUUUUGUUACAGCACUAUUACAAAAUGCAAUGAAUUACCAGCAUCCCCCUACAAUUUUACACAACACCUGAUCAUGACAACAUGGGGAAAAAAUUAUGCAAAUUAUAAAUAUUUAAAAACAAAGCUCAUUUAUAUACAUCUAAAUGUUCAUAGCCUAUGCUUUCUAUAUUGUUGGUGCAUAAUUGGCAGCAACUGCAGCCUCAAGUCCUCAUUGUGCAUCAGGCUCGAUACACCGACUGUGUCUUUGGUCAGUGUUGCCCCUUUCCUCCGUUAGUUUGUAUGGGGAGCAUCAACCCACCAUGUUCUAAACAGGAUUCAACUUGUAACUGUGCCCAACCGUACCAUAGAUAGGCAAGGUGUGGUGAGGUCGUGGUAAUUCAACAGCCUAGUUUAAGUAACCACAGUAAGGCCACUGGAACCUCCAAAGCAGAAUAUUGUCGGUUCCUCGAAACAAUCCUAUCACUGAAGCCUACUGACAAUUCUUUCGACUUCAUACUUGGGUUGUGCUCAGACAUGCCCUGAGACCAGACAUAAACAGGUGUGUGUUUCUAAAUCGUUCCAAUCAGGGUUUACCACAGGUGGGCUCCAUUUAAUGUCGAACAAGCUCAGGGAUGAUCAAUGGGAACAGGACGCACCUGAGUUUAGGUUUGUGCUUCAUAACAAAGACACUUUCUAUUUUUUUUCCAUUGUUAAUACAUUAGUUUUUUUUUAAUCCCCAUUGGGUGGUAAGAGUAGAAUUUCAAGAAAAUGUGAAUUUAAUCCAUUUUGGAAUAAGGCUCUCACGACAUUGUGGGAAAAGGGAAGUGUCGUGAAUACUGUUUUUUGUUCUUUUCUCGAUUUAAUGUUGCGCGUGUUAUUGCAAAGUAAAGCUGUAUUUUAUCUCAUCUAAA